AUGGGAGAUAUAGCUAGCGCCCAAGUCUCAGACUCGGUGGCAUUCCAACAGGAAACUACUAAGGUCGUCGAUACAGUAGCAACUGGAGGUCAUCUGCCAUCCCAAGGCGAGUCAGAAACUGCUCAGGACCACGAGCUUUCUCCACGGUCCCAACAACACUCUGCUGCAUCUCAGAACGCUUUCGCAACACAGUUCGACAUGUCUCAACCUCCCUCGGGCCCUCGACCGGGGCCAUAUAACAUGGCACCCAUGGCCAACGCUCUCCCUCCGAUGGGUUUCCGACCUGGACAGUAUCCUCCAACUACCCAGCAACGCAUGAACCCAGCAGGGUCGCCUCCAAUAAUGCAGCACAUGUCACAGUUUCCUGGGCAUCCAGCAGUUCCAGUUGCUGGGCAGGGUUACUAUCUACAACCGCAAAUGGCGCCAUACUACGGGAAUCAGAUGCCUCAAGCUCAAGCGACACCUGCAAUGGUUCAGAGGCAGAACAUGGCAUAUUUCCCUAACCAGAUGAUGAUGAGCCCUCAGCAAUCGACUUACUACUACCCUCCCGGUCCCCAAUACCAGGCUCCUGCGCAACCUCUACCGAACGGCGGCGUUCCUGGUCACUAUCCAGGUGGGGGGGCUAUGCCGAAUGAACCACGAAUCAUGCCGCAGCAGGCAGAUUAUGGAGUAGUUCACCCGCAACCUUUCAAGCAGGGACAAGGUAGGACUGGGAAGCAAUCUCCUGCCAAGACUGGACUAAAGAAAACCUCAGAUGGGUCAGAGAGAGAGAGACGACAGAGUGCAGUGCGAGGCCCUCCUAGAAAGCCGCGACAGAGUGGACACGCGAUCUGGAUUGGCAAUCUUCCUCCACAGACCGACCUUAUGAAUCUUGUCCACCACGUUUGCAAAGAAACGUCCGGCUUGGAGUCACUUUUCCUCAUCUCUAAAAGCAACUGUGCAUUUGCCAACUUCAAGGACGAGGAAACCUGUAGCGCGGCACAACAGAAGCUACACGACUCGAAGUUCCAAUCGGUCCGCCUUGUUAGUAGGCUGCGCAAGAGUACAGUGGAGGGUGCCGCUGGUGUGACAGCCCCAACUGGACCAUCGGUGGCCACAGCGGCACCAAAGACCGACCCAGUACCAGACAAGUCGCAAACGGAUAGCGAGCUGCUUGACCCAGGAGCUGAGCCGACAGGAGCUCACAAGUCAGGUGUUGCUGGCGAUGCCUCCCCACAGAAGGAUAAAUUCUUCAUUCUGAAGAGUUUAACGGUUGAGGAUCUUGAGUUGAGUGUUAACACCGGCAUUUGGGCUACUCAAUCACAUAAUGAGGAUGCACUAAACAAUGCCUUCAAAGUCGCUGACAGCGUUUACCUGGUGUUCUCGGCCAAUAAAUCGGGCGAGUAUUAUGGUUACGCUAGAAUGGUGUCACAAAUCAACGAAGACCCUGCAGCAGCCAUUGAGUUUGCGCCAACUGCCCAAGCAACCAGCGACCUUGACCUUCCGAAAGCUAUACCGACCGAAGCGACUGAGCAGGCUCCUAAGGGCCGCAUCAUUGACGAUUCUGCCAGGGGUACGAUCUUUUGGGAAGCUGAUCGAGAGGAUUCGGAGACGCUAUCAGAUGGGGAGAGUGAAGCUGAAGUGUCGGACACCAAGAGCAACGCUGGGGAGGAAGGCCCUGCUAAGACGUGGGGAAAGCCUUUCAAACUGGAGUGGCUAUCUACAAGCCGACUACCGUUCUAUCGUACACGAGGAUUGCGCAACCCUUGGAAUUCGAAUCGCGAGGUGAAGAUUGCACGAGAUGGUACCGAACUUGAACCAUCAGUUGGGCGAAGGCUUAUCGGACUUUUCAACCGUGUGCAGAGCCCAGAGACAGUUCAUCAGGGCGUGCGGGUUCCCAUGGCCAUGAUGCAAGGCUUCGCCCCAGUACGACCAUACGGACAAUAA